AUGUAUUCAUAUUUUUGUUUUUCUUCCAUGCAGGUCCAAGACAAAAAAAUACAUUUAAAUAUAAUGGUGAAAGUUUUAUGUCUGCACGGGUUCGGCCAAACAGGUGAAAUAUUUGAGCAUCAGCUGAAUAGGUUGUGUGUUAAGCUUUCUUCUGUCGCAGAAUUUGAUUUUGUGGAUGCCCCCUAUCCGUUACCGCAUGACCACACGGGCUCCAACUCCAUUGCAACGUAUUCGUGGUGCAGGCAGCCGUGCGGCGAAGAGCCCAGCGAAGCGGAUGAUGAUUACAGUAUCGGGGACGCGGUGGUGAAGCGCCACAUGGCUGCUGAGGGGAUGCGCUACGACGUCAUUUUGGGAUUUUCUCAGGGUGGCCUUGUCGCCGCCCGUUACGUAAUGCUUCGUGAGCUUCACGGCGGUGACGGCUACGGGCCCCCGCUGAAGGGACUUAUAUUAGCUGCGACACCAGAUCCCCGUCGUACCUUCCCUGGGCUUGCCUCAGCAUUUAAAGACAGUGCUCGUUACGAUGCUGAAAACGAUGGUUUCCUGGGACCUUUACCUUCCCUGCAUAUCGUGGGCAGGAAAGAUGGGGUUGUGGACCCAGCGGAGAGCGCAUCUUUCGCGGAUGCAUGUCGACCUCACGCUGACGUUUUGUGGCAUGAGCACGCACACAGCUUCCCAACGCUACAGAAUAUUGUCAUGUCUCUGAAGUCAUUCUUUGAGCGCAUUGCGCAGAGAAACCCUGGUAAUGAUGGUGGGGAUAGUACUCUUACCGCGGCUUGCGAGGAGGAGUUAGAAAUGAUUUCAUGUGUUUACGGCGAGGAAUGCGUUCAUCGUGGAAAGAUGACCACCGUGUCGCUGCCGUUGCUGUUGAACUGCGCGGACGGAGACCUGGAGGGCAGCCCACUCGCAGCGCUACGACUGUGUGUGGCUUUGUCAAAGGGAUACCCUGCUGAAAUUCCAAAGUUCGAUAUCGUGGGCGGACCUUCCAAUCACCAUGUUUUCUACGAGCGCUGGAGGGCAAAGCUAGUUUCUGACACCACAGCGUUCAUGCGAGAGGGACCUGAGGGCAAAAGUGGUAUGUUGCUACCUGCGAUAAUGUUCACCGGAGAACAAGCAGUUGGUGCUCUUGAUUUCCUGAAGUCCGUUUUCGCGGAGGGAGGGGAAAUGCACGACAGUGCUGGUGUUGCGACGGGAGAGCAAUGGAAAGAACGAAAAGUGAAUGAUUGGCUGUGGGAGGAGGAUGACAGUGAAGGUGCGAGGAGUGCAUGCAUUGCCGAGUCGCACCGACGUGCGCAAGAAGUGCUUGCGGGUGGUUCUCCGUCUUUUCGGCCGUAUGGCAGAGGGGAUUGCGAAGGUGGAGGUUGUUACGAUGCUGGUGGGAGGGGUAGGAGUCUCGAGUUUACUAUCGGCCUCAUUGGCAAACCGUCGGCAGGGAAGAGCACGUUUUACAAUGCGGUAACUAAUCCCGAUAACGAGAGCAAGGCUGCAAGGGUUGCAGCGUUCCCUUUCACCACAAUCGACCCCAAUGUCGGCUGUGGUUUCGGUCCCAUUUUCUGUCCGUGUAGUUUGUCACAACCCUCGCCGUCAAGCACGGGACAGUGUGGCGCCAAGUAUGGUCAUGUUACUACUUUUGGAGCUCCACACCGGCGACACCCCAUAGUGGUGAAGGAUGUCGCUGGUCUCGUGCAAGGUGCCUACCGGGGUAAGGGAAAGGGGAAUCGAUUCCUCAACGAUUUGUGCGAUGCAGAUGUUCUCGUACACAUUGUUGAUGGUGCAGGCGCGACUUACGCGGACGGAUCAGCGUGUGCACCAGGGGAAGGAUCCACCUUCGACGACAUCAUGUGGGUUCGAGGAGAAUUGCACAGCUGGAUAUAUGACAAUCUCCGUGCACAGUGGGCUGCCGUAGUUCGAAAACCAUUGAAAAUACGAACGGUGUUCACGGGGUACCACAGUCCACCGUCAUCCAUCGAUGCAUUGCUGCGGUGUCUUGGAAUCUCUACUGAAGUGGAGCUGGUUCGGCGCCUGCCAGCGUGGGGGGCUGCCGAGCUGCACUUGCUUGUGGCUACAUUUGUCCAUCUGCGGUUUCCCAUAGUUGUAGCGCUCAACAAGGCAGAUAUGCGGUGCGCGGCGGACAAGUUGAUUUGUACCCUGAAGGAGCGCUACCCGAACGAAACCCUUGUUCAAAUGUCCGCCAAAAUGGAAUGCAAUCUCCUUUUCUUACGACAGGUGGGCGCUGUUCGCUACGUGCCCGGUGAUCACAGCUUCGAAGAAGUCGAUGGGGCCCCUGCAAACGUCACGGACGCCGUAAGGAAAAGGGCGAUGAAGGCCCUGGUGGAGUUGCGUGAGUUUUUUAGCCCAAUGCACCCUGAUACAACAACAGGCGUUCAGGCGGUCCUGGCCGCUGCUCUCUCUCUGUGCCCCGGUCACUUAGUGUAUCCAGUUGAUGCGAUCGAGCGCCCACUAAAUUCGUUUCCCCACUGUUUUCCAUUCAAGGGAGGAACCUGUGCGGGGGAGGUUUUUGAUGCAUUGCUACGGUCGAACCUGUUGGACGGCAAGUUGGUGCGGUUUGAAGCAGUGGAUACCAAAUAUUUGGUGGAGGGGGGAGAAGUGUCUGUGCUUAAAAGGGACACUGUCCUGCCUGGGAGGCACGUGGUGGUGCGGGUUCUCAGCACCAAACGACAUUUGGUGGCACAAAAGCGAGAAGGAAAAGAGUGCAUGUUGGGUGUGGGGCCAAAGGUGUGA